AUGCUGCUAUAUGACUUUCGCUUGUUAUUUUGUUCUAACCAGGAUGAUGGGAUAUUAGUGAUUCCGACAUCUUUUGAUCCUCCCGCAAAACUUGGUGCCAAGGAGAUUUCUACGGAGGAUUACGUUAUUCGGACUUCAAGUCUUUCAAGUUUAGCUAGUAUGUCAGGCUGCUGUCAGGUUAAUGUCCCUUCUCUCUUCCCAUGCACCCUUGCUAGUGAACUAGCUGAUGCAGCUGUAAAGCCUAAAUCAUCUAGUAACGCUGUGACACAGGAAACAUCAGCAGAGAUGGCCAAAGAAAAGGGUAAUCAAGCAUUCAAAGGCAAGCAAUGGCAGAGAGCUAUUGGAUUUUAUACAGAAGCCAUCAAACUCAAUAGCAAUAAUGCAACAUACUACAGUAACAGAGCUGCAGCUUAUUUGGAAAUUGGAAGUUUCAUUCAGGCUGAAGCAGAUUGUACCCAAGCAGUUGAUCUCGAUAAGAAGAAUGUAAAGGCCUAUUUGAGAAGGGGAACAGCUCGAGAAAUGUUGAGCUACUACAAAGAAGCAAUGGAAGGUGAGUCCACUUCCUUGCUCGUUUACUAG